CAUUCCGUGGCCCGCGGGAGGGUGGGAAGGCCUGGCGGCGGUGUGCAACCCGCGGGGGCGCGCAGGUGCAUGCCGGGGACCCAGCAAUGGCCACCAGGACCAGGACAGCUGAAGACCAGGAAUCAGUGACCUUCAAGGACGUGGCCGUGGACUUCACCCUGGAGGAGUGGGGCCGGCUGGGGCCCGGCCAGAGGGAGCUGUAUCGGGAUGUAAUGCUGGAGACCUACCAGAACCUUCUCUCGCUGGGAGCAGGGCUCCCUGGGUCCAAACCCGAUGUGAUUUCCCGUCUGGAGCGAGGGGAAGAGCCCAGGAUGGAGGAGCGAGAAGUCUGGCAAGUUACCUGUCCAGACUUGGAGACAAGCUCUGAAACUACUCAAGAGACACUGCCAAGAAAGGAUAUUUCCGAAGAAGCAGCUUCCCCGGUGGGGAAGAUGGAGGGAAUUUUAAGGGCAGUGCUUGGAGAUGGCAAGAUAGGGGAAUCCUGGACAUGUGGCCAUCAAUUGGAGGACCAGGGAAAGCAGGAGAGGCAUUUGAAGUGUCUUUUUGCUUCUCUCAAGGAAAACACCUGUGGGGAGAGAGGUCUUGGCUGUAACGAGCUUGGAAGAAGCUUCAGGCGGACCUUGGUCUUCAUGAGGAAGCACAGAGUGCCUGGAGGAGAGAGGCUUCGGAAGUGGAAUGGGCCAAGGAAGAGCUCAAAACGCCAAAGGACCUUUGUAGAAAAGAAGUCAUUUAACUGUAUGGAAUGUGGGAAAGCCUUCGUUUACCAUUCGGACUAUAUGCUACACCAGAGAAUUCACACUGGAGAGAAACCCUACAAGUGUAAGGACUGCGGGAAGGCUUUCAGCAACAGCUCAUAUUUCAUUCAGCACCACAUCAUUCACACGGGAGAGAAGCCCUACGCAUGCAAUGAAUGUGGCAAGACCUUUACUCAGAGCUCAUCUCUGACCGAGCAUCAGAGGAUCCACACUGGAGAGAAACCAUACCAAUGCAAGGAAUGUGGGAAAGCCUUCACCCAGAGCUCCUCCCUCAUUAAGCACCAGCGAUGCCACACCGGGGAGAAACCCUAUAAAUGUGACCAGUGUGGGAAGUUCUACUCACAGGUGUCCCACCUCACUCGCCACCAGAAAAUCCACACAGGGGAGAAGCCCUACAAGUGUGGCGAGUGUGGCAAGGCUUUCUGUCACACCUCUUCCCUGAGCCAGCACCAGACAAUCCACACCGGAGAGAAACCCUACAAAUGUAACGAGUGUGGGAAAACCUUCAGCCACAGCUCAUCUCUGACUCAGCAUCAGCGGGUUCACACGGGAGAAAAGCCCUAUGAGUGCUCCGCGUGUGGCAAGGCCUUCAGCCACAGUUCUUCUCUGACUCAGCAUCAGAGAAUUCACACUGGCGAGAAGCCCUACGAGUGUAACGAGUGCGGGAAGGCUUACACGCAGAUUUCCCACCUUAUGAGGCACCAGAGCAUUCACAUGGGGGAAAAGCCCUAUAUAUGUAAUGAGUGUGGCAAGGCUUUCAGUCACACCUCAUCUUUUGCUCAACACCAGACAAUUCACACCGGCGAGAAGCCCUAUAAGUGUAAUGAAUGUGGGAAAACCUUCAGCCAGAACUCUUCCCUGACGCGCCACCAGAGGAUUCACACUGGGGAGAAGCCCUAUGAGUGUAACAUCUGCGGGAAGGCCUAUACCCAGAUUUCCCACCUCAUUCAACACCAGAGGAUUCAUACCGGAGAGAAACCUUAUGCGUGCAGUGAGUGUGGGAAAGCCUUCAGCCGGAGCACCCACCUUAUCGAGCAUCAGAAAAUCCACACGGGCGAGAAGCCCUAUAAGUGUAAGGAGUGUGGGAAGACAUUCAGUCACAACUCAUCCCUCACUCAGCAUCGGAGGAUUCACACUGGCGAGAAACCCUACCCCUGUAAGGAAUGCGGGAAAGCCUUCAACCAGAGCAUCCACCUUAUUCAGCAUCAGAGAAUUCACACCGGAGAGAAGCCCUACAAAUGUAACAACUGCGGGAAAACCUAUACCCAGAUCUCACACCUUAUUCAACACCAGAAGGUUCACACAAGUGGCAGACGCUAUGUGUGUAAGGAACGUGGGGAGGAUUUCGGCUGGGGUUCACACCUCACUGGACACCAGAGAGUUCACAGCACACACAACACCUACAUCUGCGAUGAUUUUGAGAAAGCUUUUGCUUGGGGCACGCAGCUUGCUGAUCAUCAGAGAACUCAUGCUGACUAGAAAGCCUGAGAAUGUGACACACUGGUGGUUCAGCCUUCAUCAGCACUAAUAACUUCCUCCCAGAGAGCAACACUAACACCAAACAUUGAGAGAGUUGGUUUCUUUUCUUCCUAGGAGGAUGGCACAGUUUAUCACCAGCUUGGACAGCUUCUGAUCAUUUUAGUAGCUUCCCCCUAAAAUCUGAAAUUCCUCCCUAUAUUUCAACCCUAUAGUGUCCCCAAGUCGUGGUCUAGGUGGUGGUCUAGGUGGUGCUCUAAAUGGGCUGCAACUAUAUCUGGGAUCUUAAAUAAGGUCCCUCUGAGCUUUUUAAAUGCAAUGAUUAUUCAUUAAAUUGGAGCCUGAAAAUUCAAGAAAAAAGAAACAGCUAGAAAGAAUAACCCUUGAGUAAAAGUGUCAAAUAUAUGUAGCUGAACAUACGUGCUAGACGAUUUUACUUUCCUUUAAAACUUUAAGAUACAAAUGUCACCACAAAACGUACAAUUGGCUUAAACACUGAAUGUUUCACAUAUUUACAGCCACUUUUUAUGUUGUUUUUUUGAUCUUUUCCAUUUCCAGGAUUUGUGAUUCACAAAGCAGUUGCCCUACUGAGCAUCAUUUUCUAAAUUCUAUUCAUACCCAAAGGGAGGUUUUUCUUUCCUCAUAUUUUUGAAACGAUUUUUCUAAUUAUAAAAAUAAUUGCAUACUUUCACAACAGGAAAAAAAUUUUAAGUAAAAUCACAUAUGCUUAUUGUAAAGGAUAGUUUGGAAAGAGUAGAGAAUUAUGGACUACAAUACCAAUCCCCCAUAAUCCUAUAGCCCAGAGACAACCACCGAUCAUAUUGGACUGUAUAUCUGGUUUUGUUUUACACUGUGUUCCAUAUCCAUAUUAUUAAACUUAGAAAAAAUUAGAAUCAGAAAACAAAAGCCAUAUAUAUUCACCUACAACUUGGUCACCCCCAGAAGUCAUAUUGUUUUGAUUUUUCCUAUUUCCUUCAAAAUAGCGUUUAAAAAUAAAUCUUAUUUUAUUUGAUUGUA